UAGCUGACUCCCAGAAUAGAAGAAGAAAAAGAACAUGGCGGAACGAGGCUACAGUUUCUCUUUGACCACAUUUAGCCCUUCUGGUAAACUGGUGCAGAUUGAAUAUGCACUGGCUGCUGUUGCUGCUGGAGCCCCCUCAGUGGGCAUUAAAGCUUCCAAUGGGGUCGUCCUGGCAACAGAAAAGAAACAGAAGUCUAUUCUGUAUGAUGAGCAGAGUGUUCACAAAGUAGAGCCCAUCACCAAGCACAUAGGCAUGGUGUACAGUGGCAUGGGGCCUGACUACAGGGUUUUGGUCCGACGAGCCAGGAAGUUGGCACAACAGUACUUCCUUGUGUACCAAGAACCAAUCCCCACAGGCCAGCUUGUACAGCGAGUGGCAUCUGUAAUGCAGGAGUACACACAGUCUGGCGGAGUGCGUCCAUUUGGGGUGUCAUUGUUGAUAGCUGGAUGGGAUGAAGACCAGCCCUACUUGUUCCAGUCAGAUCCCUCAGGGGCAUAUUUUGCAUGGAAAGCCACAGCCAUGGGAAAGAACUACGUUAAUGGAAAAACAUUCCUUGAGAAAAGGUAUAACAACGACCUGGAAUUGGAAGAUGCCAUCCACACAGCCAUCCUGACAUUAAAGGAGAGUUUUGAAGGUCAGAUGACUGAGGAGAACAUUGAGGUUGGCAUCUGCAACGAGGCCGGCUUUAAGAGACUCACCCCGGCAGAAGUGAAAGACUACCUGGCAGCCAUUGCAUGAGCACUCGAUGCUGAUGUCAAUAUGUAGACAUGAUAGUGUAGUAGCCAGCAACUGCAUAAAACAUAUUCCUCUACAAAGUGACCUUUUAUGUUGUUUCUAAGCUGAUUGAUAGGAUGUUUUGGGGAUUUAUGUACUGACUAAAAGCGACCAACUGUGUGCAAGUACUAUAUUAGGGCGGCCUCUUCAACUCAAUAGCUACUUGAUAACCCAGUUGCAAAAAAAAUAGUUUUAUUAGACUAAUUGGAAAUGUGUUAUGGCAUACACGUGAAAUGUGAUGGUUGGCUACUGCAUGUCUACUUAUGUGGGCUCUGCGUAAAACCUUGUCUUCCACUGACAGCGGACAUCCCUAGACUCAUACAUUUGAUUAAAGUGGUUUCAAGCAAAAUCUCUUCACUUGAGUUCAUCUUAACACAGUCAACCGAAGUCAGCAUGAUCCAGUGGGAUGCUUGAUAUUACCCCUCUUACACAUAAGGUUGCCUGUACAGCAGUUUUAUUAAAUGUCCCUCCUUUUCCAACUAGGAAGAAUUCAGUUUGUAUUUUCUCGUGUUGACGGGUUAUUCAUUGAAAAUAAAUAAAAAAAAGUUCACGUUG